UAGAUGCGCUAGUGAUUUUAAUCGAAUUGACAGCUGGAUGGAUCGGGUUACCAGUUUUCUUCACUAUAUUUAUUUUUAAGUUUAAAAACUUGUUCGAACAUGAUUUUCCAUCAUUUCUUUCCUAUUGAAACUAUCCUAUCCUGAAACAUUUCUAACCUAUUGUGCGGCGGUUAGGAAACGAGCUACGUGAGCUACGUACAAGGCGAUCAACUUGCCAACUACGCUAUGCUUGAAGUUGGGAUUAUUUUCUUACUACCUAAGGACAAUGAGUAACUGUUCGUACAUACCACAAUAAUUGCGUAAUAUAAUCAACAAGCAUGUUGGUUAGAAACCUCCUAACUGGUUGCUGUGAAGUUUAAUGUUUUGCUGCAAUUUCAAUUAUCUUAUUAGAUAACCUGUGAUUUCACCGUGAAAGCUUAUAUGACAAAUUAGAUCCUAUUGCAGACGUAUACCGUUUUGAAUAUCACACUUCCCUAACAACAAUCUGCGUCAUCUACGCCUAUUGCGGAUUUUAUUUUAAGAUAAUAUGAGUUAAGUAAAAAAAUCCAACUUAACUUUGGUAAAAAAGAGAUAAAAGGGAGUUUGGUCCAAUAUUUAUUAGUGCUACAAUUUACACAAGAAAUAGCUUCCCAAUAACCAACAAAACGAUGGAACUACGAGAGCAAACUAAUGGUAGAAGCAUAAAGGGGCGGAUUAUGGAUUCUUCCAAGUCGAGUGUCGAACACACCAUACAUCGUUGCAUUACCAUAUUGAACAUUUUUCAGCACCUAUUAAGUCUCCGAAGUCGUGUGAAUGGUUUCCCAAAUGAGUAGCAGCUGCAGGUAACAUAAGAUCUCGAUAAAGUUUCUGAACGCAUUGUACUAAAUACAAUGGCGCGAGUGCUGGAAAGAUAAAAUGUGUUAAAAUAGUCCUAUUGCUACUCCGCAGCAUGACCGAAUUUCCAGAUUACUUGAUCUUUGACCUCGUCUAUGAAUCUCCACCGCACGUGCUUCCUGUUCGAUUGCACACAGGUUUGUCCUAAAGUCGAUGACCUUUUCCAGGUUCUCUACUGAGCAUAGCUGACCGCUCUUCCGACAUUCACGCAACAUGUUCAGUCCACUGUAUUUUAGCAGUCUUCCAAUGUCAGCAUGUUUGAAUAUUUGGAACAACCCGCGGUUCAUACGUAUGCGUAUCCCUUUUGUCUUUUGUGCCCAUGUGUCUUUUAAACGCAGAAUUCUUCUCUCAAAAAGAUCCCAGAACUCGAUAGUCAGCUGUGAGAAUAUCAGCGAAUUGCAUUAAGGAAGAUUUGUGCGCAUCUGUACUCUACGCAACUUUCGCUGAUUACGCAAAUCAAGGCCUGUUUACUUCGUGAGCUAUAUAACAUCAUCAUCACAUGACACUAGUAUUCCAAGAUAUGGAUUCGCCUACAACCUCGUACAGUACAGUUCGGACUAUCCAGUACUUGGUCUUGUCAGAGUUUAUAGCAAUCCGAUUCACCCUUUUAAAAGACACACAUGCCUCUUCUACUGCUCUACGAUCAACGCCAAUGAUAUCGAUGUCGUACACGAAGCCAAGACACAUGUGAGAUCACGUCAUGAUGGUUCCGCACUUUAGAUCUUCGUUUCAUGCAUUCGAAUGCUGUGUUAAACAAUAGAUUUGAAAGUGCAUCGUCCUGCUUCGAUGUAUCUAACGUCGCAAACAUGUCAGAUGUCACUCCGGCUAUUUUAACACUUAACUUCGACGUAUCCAGCCUUAUACAAAGCAGUUUUAUCAGUUUUGUCUGAAAGGUAUGUUGUAAGAAUUGGAUUGAGAUUUACGCGUUUGCAGUUAGUACCAAGAAAAUAAAUAUAAAAUCUUACGGGAAACAGCCCACCCAACACCCACGUAGCGCGCAACCAUCUUCGCCACACAACAGUUUCCACCACCCACCACUAGUACCGCAUAUCGAAAGAAGUAGGCGGCCAUGGAGGGUGGCGAUAACAACACAUCUAUUUGAACAAAAUGAGGCGGAAUAUAGGGUUAAUUGUCGAGGUUCGAGGUGAACGAACUCUUCCAUUAUUGCCAGAAGCCUGAUAACUGUUAAACCAACAAGAAAUCAAGUUUAAUAGUUGGACAGAUUCAGAAGGAAAUUUGGAGGAUAUAGAGCAAAAGCUUUAACAGUAAUAAAGUGAAUGGAGUAAGAUAAAUUGACAAGAAUAAAAUCGAAUCGUUAAAGAAAAGCAGACAAACAGGUGAUGGCAACUACCUAUUAAAAUAUCCCGAACCUUUAUUUGCCGUGACCAAUAUUUCCGUAAUACCACCAUUCCCCGGUGUAUCCACAGGAUCGCUUCGGUUUUACCCUUGGAGUUUCCCCUUUCCGCACACGUGGUAUAGUGGCGAGCACCAUCGCAGUCAACGCCGACGCCAUUCCAAUCGGCAUUAUUCAAGUUGGGUUACCGAGGUCAUCGAACAACCAGGUGCCAAAACCCUAUGGCUGCCAUGCGAGCAACGAAGGCAUCGUGAAAACGUUCCUGCUGCAGAAGCCUCCAACAGCGCUACAGUUUCGCGGCCCUCACUCGCUAAUGUGCGCUCAAUCUUACUUAAUUUCAUCUCGACAAAUCGCUUGCUCUAUUGUUCCUACUACUCAGCUCUCACGGCAUUUCUUGCUGAACCAGAUCGAUUUCUGCUGAAGUGAGCAUAACGUUGCGAAUGAUUGCUAUACGCCUUGCGUUCUUUGCGUUCUGAUUCAGAUGUCCGGCAAACUCUGGAUACGCAUCAUCGAACAUCUCGAGUAUCUGACGUCGUCUGCCCAAUGUCGGUCUCAAGCACUGUGCAAAGAUAGUAGGCGAGAAUCACGAAUUCGUUCAUCUCAUUUGUCCACAUGAUGCUACACCUCUGUGUUACCAUCGCGGUGAUCGACUGGCGUCUUCUAGGUGCAGCAUUCCUCACAAGUGCAGCGUUCCUUGCUGUGUGUUGUCCAUGACUGCUUUCUCCGUCCAUUCUUAGCGGUACCUACGUAUUCACACAUGAUUUUAACAAAAUCGCAAAAAGCUGCCAAAUCAACUGUGACAAGCGUUAUUAAAAUUUAAUUACAUGGCUUUGUAUUCAUCCAACUUCAAAAAGAUAGUUUGUCCAUUUAUAUAACAACAUAACCGGCAUGCACUUAACAUUUGCCCUAAGUUAUUGUUUCCAACGCGUGCUCCAGUCACAAUAUUUCAACGUGUGCUCUAGUUGUCUAUAUUUAAGUUUAUCACAUAGAAUGACUCCUAGAUAUAAUGCAUUUGACGACUAUUCGAGCAUAAUUGCCAGACUUUUGAGAAUUCCCUUCCUUCUUCGCGUAAACAUAGCCACAGCUUUUGAUAGGAUGCAAUUCAAUUUUCGCGUCCAGCCGGCAUUCUAAUUAAAACCACCCAGAAUUUCGGCUCAUGUUCCGGCUGAAUUUUAUUGGGUGCAUGCAUACAUCGAUUACGUUCGAUGUGUGACGGUGAUUGAACUUCCCAGGAAUCAUUAUUACCACGUCAUCAGGAAAACCGAUAACUUGGAAGACUUUUUCCAUAGGUUUAUUGAGAAGAUCGUCUAGAACAAAAGCGACUAUAAUAAAAGACCCGAUUUAGUAAACCUCUAUUUUUUCUGCCCCGAUUUUGUCAACAAUGCAUGAAAAUCCGUCUGAUGGUCUCUAGCAGACGAACCAAGCCAAAUUCAGGUAAAUCUUUUCUUAGGCGUAUUUUUUCCUUCCGCCUCGAUUUUAUUAAAAGAAAGAAACAAUAUGUUUUGAUUUUGACAAUGCUCCCAUUUUGUCAGCCUAAAAUACACCUGGAGCUGAUAAAAACGAGUAAUCACUAAAAUUGCGACAAUGCACCGACAAAUCGAAUUCAGCAGAUACUUUCUCUAUUAUUCAGCAUGUGCACAAUUGAAACGUUUAUGCAAGGGUCAAAGUUUAUUUUCUGCAUUGAUUUGUAAGAGACGUUAUCGAAAAUAUUUUAUUUGAAGAAAAUGUGCUCAACUACAGAUUGCUUUCAUCCUCUCGAGACUACUCAGUUGGUCACCCUAAUCAUCAGUUGGUUAUAUACGACGAUACACAAUAUAUGUGUCACACGUCGCAACUGCAACGCAACACAAAUAUGAAGCGAUGCAACACAAAUUAAUAUGCUUGAUAAAUUCUCUUUAGGGAAUCAUCCCUAUAUCAGUUUGUUUACAUUUGCGACUGCUACGGCCGUAUAUAGUAUAGAACACAACAGCUAAGGCUUAAUACAUAACGGAAUGGACUCUCUCCAGAAUGAAUGGACUUCUCUUCUGCCCCCUGCCUAUUUUCCAACUCAAACUUCAUAUACGGAACCACACGCAUACAAUGCCACUCGAAAAUGUGUGCAGCUGGGUCGCAGUAAAGAGAGUCAUAAUCAAUGUCUUCCUGUACAUGACUUUCUCUGAACAUCAGUUUAAUAAACAACGUAGAACUGAUGUCGAUACCGAUUCUACCAAUCAGUUAGUAUACCUAAUUCUACAACAAAAAACAGGUUCAAUUUUCGGCUGGUUCGUAAGACUACCGUCAAGGUUGGUAGAGAAAGAGUACAGUGCAAAACGCGAUGCCGUCUGAAUCAAUACCCCGGUCAUUUUUUAAGUGAACUUAUUCCGAGAUCUUAUCAUCGCAACAACCGUCCCUAUAGUGGUCACUGUAGUCACAUUGUUCGACUGAUAACCGUACGUGUUGGUAGCGGGAGCUACUAUCAAUCAGCAGUACAACUCCUGGCGAGCUCGUGGAUGCUGGAGGAUCACAGUGGAAAGCUGAAUCUCUUACAGUGUACAGCCUGUUGAGCUGGAAUCGUUUGGCUAGGACUUCAAAAUUACAUAACAUUGCUGUGUGCAUGUGAUAGGUGUUUUAGUUCGAUUUGGAAAUAUAUGCAAGCUAGUCUAGUUCCGGAUUGACCUAACAACAAAGGUCAAAUAAAUUAAAAUUUUCGGUACAAACGACGGCUCUAUUGACACACGCAGAACUGCACGGAACAAGUUAUUUCCUAAGUGGGCCUACUUGGUUUUGAUAACAAAAUGUCAUCUCUACCUCAAAUCAACUUGGAUGAACCGCGAUAUGAUCAGAGCACCUAUCUAAACCGAGCCAAGCACUUUCUGAUUGUGACCAAUCCGCUGAAUGCGUUUGCAACCGAGGAACAGCUGGACAGAGCGGCCAGAAUCGUCAAGGACUAUCGCGCUGGAAAACCGGUACCAGAUGUAAACUCAGUGGACGAGUUAUGGGCCGCUAAAUAUUUGUACGAUAGUGCAUUCCAUCCGGAUACCGGCGAGAAAAUGCUACUGGUUGGUCGCAUGUCCGCUCAGGUUCCGAUGAACAUGACAAUCACCGGAUGCAUGAUGACCUUUUACAAGUCCACUCCGGCCGUCAUCUUCUGGCAGUGGUUCAAUCAGUCGUUCAAUGCUGUGGUUAACUACACCAACCGUUCCGGGAAGUCACCAAUUAGCCAGGAGCAGCUGCUGAUGUCCUAUUGUAUGGCCACCGGCGGUGCACUGGUUACGGCACUCUCACUGAACCGGCUAGUACGCAAUGCACCGCCACUUGUUGGUCGCCUGGUGCCGCUUGCAGCUGUGGCCGCCGCGAAUUGUAUCAAUAUUCCGCUGAUGCGCAUGCAAGAAUUGAAAAACGGCGUGACACUGAUCGACAGCGAUGGUAAAGAACUUGGUGAAUCUGUGCGUGCAGCGAAGGAAGGCAUUGGAGCCGUGACCUUUAGCCGAAUCUUGAUGGCUAUGCCGGGAAUGGUGUUAACCCCGGUUCUCAUGAAUUCGCUGGAGAAACGCGGCAUCCUGAAGCGGAUUCCCUGGGCGAACGCACCGAUACAGACGCUUUUCUGCGGGUUCUGCCUCACGUUUGCCACCCCACUGUGCUGUGCUCUGUUCAGCCAGAAAGCAUCGAUACGUGUUGACAAACUGGAGACUGACUUGCGCGAAAAGGUCCGGAAGGAACGCCCGGAGCUGGAUGUCGUGUACUACAACAAGGGACUUUAAACUUGAGCUUUUGGUCAGACAGUGAGAAACUUAACCACAUCACAUGCUAGGACAUCACAUUCAAGCAGGGAUAAUAUUGAGCAUUUACCUACUUUUGGUUUUAGGAACAAUACUUAGACAAUAACUUAAUGUUUGUGUCGCGACAGACGCUGAAUAGUUGAAAGAGAAUAGAUUUCAAUAUUACAACCUCGAGCUAUGUGCCAUAUUCUCUGUACUUAUUUUGAAGGAUUGCUACAGAAAAGUAAGAAGACAUUAACUCCAUUCCACAUCAGCAAUUGUAAAUGAAUACCUAUACUAUUAACUAAAAGUUCAAUUAAUCAAGUGGAAAGUUAUGUGACACAGACCGAUUCAAAGACUCAAAUAUGUUGUGUGUUCAAUGUGUGUGUGUGUGAACAAGCACUGCUAUUGAUUAAAUAAAGAGUAUACUAUAGAGUACAUUGUGAUUGAA